ACUUCCUGUGGCGGGGCGACGUCACUUCCUCUCAAGGUCGGCGUCUAGUUGGUGGGUACCCACGCGGGUUCAACAUGCGUAUCGAGAAGUGUUAUUUCUGUUCGGGGCCCAUCUACCCCGGCCACGGCAUGAUGUUCGUCCGCAACGAUUGCAAGGUGUUCAGAUUCUGUAAAUCCAAGUGUCAUAAAAACUUUAAAAAGAAGCGCAACCCUCGCAAGGUCAGGUGGACCAAAGCGUUCCGGAAAGCGGCUGGUAAAGAGCUUACCGUGGAUAAUUCAUUUGAAUUUGAAAAACGUAGAAAUGAACCCGUCAAAUACCAGCGAGAGCUAUGGAAUAAAACUAUUGAUGCAAUGAAGAGAGUUGAAGAGAUCAAACAGAAACGCCAAGCUAAAUUUAUAAUGAACAGGUUGAAGAAGAAUAAAGAACUACAGAAAGUUCAGGACAUCAAAGAAGUCAAGCAAAACAUCCAUCUCAUCCGGGCCCCUCUUGCAGGCAAAGGAAAGCAGCUGGAAGAAAAAAUGGUACAGAAGUUACAAGAGGAUGUGGACAUGGAAGAUGUUUCAUAAAAUCUCACUGUCUGUACCCAUUUCUUAUAUAAGUGCAUUUGAAAAUCUCCUUUGGAAACUUAGAACUUCUAGUUUAUUUUUACUCAAAUGAAAGGUGAUUAAAAAUACAUCUCUCCUACUUUGCUAUCUAUGAAAUGUCAGAUAGUAUGGAUGUUAGAUUGCAUCUCACUUUUAAACCUUCACUGAUAUACUUAUGUAAAUUAUGAAAAUUCUGUUUGUAAAUACAGAAAUGAAUUAUGGACAUAAAAUGGUUGUGCCAUUUGGAUAAUGGCACCAGGCAGCAUUUAUGUAAUAACUAAUGACAAAAAUUCAUGGCUGGUGAUGUAUAAAUAUAUAAACUUUUUUUGUGGUAAAGUGUUCCAUUUAUUAAUGUUAUGAAAGGGAUGCAACAAAGACCUGACAACCUGUAUUAUAAUUAUCCUCUUUACAUUUCUUGUUUUGGUUUAUUGGCAUCUUAGAUGAUCAUAAUGGCCUCAUAUAUUGAAGCCUAAUUAUGUUGGACUGUUUGACCUGGCUUAACUGUUCUGAGAGGCAGUUUGGAGUGAGAGCUGAAGUUUUGUUCCUCAAAUGGCACUAUGCUCUGUAAUUUCCACUGUGGAGAAUACUCAGUUCUAUUUUGAGAUUCCUGAUAAAAGAAGCUUUAUUUUUGCAGCUUAACAAUGAUACAGAAGCAGAGGAAUCCCAAUGCCUUUUAAGAUCUGUUGUAUAGUUUUCUUUUAAAAAGCUCCUAAUUAUUUUUAGAAAAUAGAAUUUAUUGUUAGAGUGUCUGUCCAUUAUUUGCACAUACAAUAAAAUCAUUUCUAAAGUACCUACAGAUUUAUUAUUUAAAGGUACUACAAAAAGGUAUGAAGUAUUGAUUACUUGGAAGAAAAUAACAACCCCCCAUACUACUGAAAUAGGCGAUAUAUUUAAUUAAAGAAAAAUACUUACUGAA